CUGGCAUGAAAAAUGACGUGCACUGCGAUACAAAGACAAGACAGUGCAACCUUAAUGGUACUAGCUGCUAUUUUCAUGGCACUUAUUACCAUUUUCACCGCGUGGAAGUUGAAACAGUUCAAAUACAUACUGAUAAAUGAAACUGGAGGUGCAAUGUUUUAUGGUAUGCUUUUGGGAUUCAUUGAGAGAUGCUUCUUGCAUGGCUGGGGAGAUAAUAUGAAAGAUGUGGAGAGUCUGUGCAGCUGUGUGGGCCUGAACAGCACUCAAGUCUUGACCGUCAACAACACAUCACAAAUGCAACUGAACAGACUUGUUAAGAAAACCAACCAAACGUUCCCACAUGUCUUGACCUCUCAUAUGGAGACCUUUGAUCCCGAGGUCCUUUUCAAUCUGUUCCUGCCACCCAUCAUCUUCCAUGGAGCUUACACCCUUAAUCAGAAACGAUUCAUUGGAAAUCUGGGAUCUAUUUUCACAUUUGCUUUUUUUGGUACCAUAAUCACCUUUAUGACCAUUGGGGCCUGCAUCUACGGUUUCACCAGACUGAUGGUGCUGUGGGGCCAUGCAGCAGAUGGAGACUUCCUCCUCACUGAUUGCCUCAUGUUUGGUGCCAUCAUAUCAACCACCGACCCAGUGUCAGUCCUUGGCCUGUUGUCAGACCUGCGUGUGGACCUGGAUCUGCAUGCUCUGCUGUUUGGUGAGAGUGUCUUGAAUGAUGCCGUAGCCAUCGUCCUGACACGUGCCAUCAUCACCUAUAGCAAGAUGGAUAUUGACCACAUCUUCGACCUCCUUGCCUUCGUCCUCUCUGUUGGUUAUUUUCUUGGAGUGUUCACCGCCUCCUUCCUCUUGGGUUUCAUAUUCACAGUCAUAACAGCCCUCAUCACUAAAUUCACUCGACUGCAUGAGAAUCCACUGCUUGAAACGUCAGUCUUCUUCCUGCUGUCCUGGAGCAGUUUCCUCUUGGCAGAAGCCAGUGGACUUUCAGGUAUUGUGGCGGUGCUGUUUUGCGGCUUGAGCCAGGCGAAGUACACGUUUCACAAUUUAUCCACUGAGGGCAGGAUCAGGACCAAGCAGCUCUUUGAAGUCUUCAGCUUCCUGGGGGAGAUUUUCAUCUUCAGCUACAUGGGAUAUGUAUUGUUGAUGUUUCCUUGCCAUGUCUUCAAAGCCCUCUUCAUUUCUGGGGCGUUUCUCUCCAUCUUUAUAUCAAGAGCAUGCAGCAUCUACCCUUUAUCUUUCCUGCUAAACCUGGGCCGCACAACCAAGAUCCCUCGCACCUUCCAGCACUUCAUGAUGUUUGCAGGUUUUAGGGGGGCUAUAGCAUUUAGCCUGGCUAUAAGAGACACACACACAGAAGCGAGGCGCACCAUCUUCACUACCACUCUGCUGCUGGUCAGCUUCACCAUCUGGGUGCUGGGUACGGUUGCUGAUCCCAUGCUGCGCUAUCUGGACAUCAGAGUGGGGGUGGAUGCAGAUGAAAAUCCAGAGGAUCUUUCUUUUGAGGUUGCUCCAGGGAGGCCAGACACAACACAAGCCCUGUGGCACCGUCUGGACUACAAAUAUCUAAAGCCCCUGCUGACGCAUUCUGGCCCUCCACUGACCAACUCACUGCCACAGUGGUGUGGAGUAUUUGCCCGACUCCUCAGCAGCCCCCAUGUCCACGAGGAUGAAGAGCAGCUGCGCGAGACUGAGCCAGAUAACACUCCUUCUGAUCUGGAGAAAAGUGAGAACCAGCCGGUAUGUAUAAGAGACGAACCUAGAUGUGAGCACCAGGAAGACCUGCUGGAGGGAGACCUGGGUCUUGGCACCAACCCCUGCUCACACGAGGGAGGCCUGAAUCUCCAGGACUCAACUCUAACCCCAGUUUAUCAGCCCCCGCCGUCAUGAGGCUAAGGCCCUGCCUCCCACAGUGAAUGGGGUCACUGGCCAGGGCAUUUGAGAGGAGCCAUCCGGGAGUCAGAAUUACAAUGGUUCCCGAAAGGUCACGCCCCCCGCUUGAGCUGACAUGCAUGCAGAGACACACAGAGGGAGGAUAAAAAAACAAUACAAAAGCCGUUGCUCUCUCUGUUUCUCUGCUGAUGAUUUUCUUUGCUUGUUUAAAAAUUAUUUUCAGUACUAAAUCAACUUAAACUACUGAAAUUGAAAAGUUAUGCUUGCAUAAUUUAAGUGCCUACUGUCUAACACAGCCAGCAGGAAGCAGAAUUUGACCACAAAAAGACCUGUGUGCAGUAUACUUUUUUUAUAAAAGCAAGCAACAGUACUGGUGAAAUGCACAUGUGAAG